GAUGUGGAUGCUGUAACUAUCUCGGGAUAUGCAGAAUGGAUACUACUAAGACUCUUUCCAACAUGGUGAUCAUCGAAGAUAUAAAGCCAGACAUUGAAUACUGUGAGCUAGAGGAGGACCACCUGACACUAACUGUUGCAGAAUCGAAUGAACUCUUAGCCCUCUCAAAGCAAGAAUUAUUACAGACGAGAGACAACGAAAGACCAGACUCGGAUGAACUCUUAGCCCUCUCACAGCAAGAAAUAUUAAAGGCAAGAGCCAGGAAAAGACCAAGUUCUGACUUCGCCUCUCUGCUGUUGGAGGUGGGCUACAGAAAAAAGCUGAGAAAAACUAAGUUCACGAAUUUGGAGAUGCUUGUAUUGAUAAGGGAAGCAGAGAAGAGGAAGGAAAUACUGCAACAUCCAAACAGCAAGAACUAUACUGUUGAGGAUCGGCUAAAUGCUUGGGCCCAUGUGACUGCCCGCGUCAACAAGGUGGGGAGCGGGAAGCGGCUGCUCGGUGAGGUCCGCAAGAAGUACGUAGACUUCAAAUCAGUGGUGAAGAAGAAGGUGGCUCAUCUCAAAGCCUGUCAGUCUGGGAUAGGUGAUGGACGAACCACCAAAGAAGAGCUGACCCCAGUAGAGAAGGUGAUGGCUGCCACCCUGCAAGGCACUCCUGUGAGUGACAUCAUAGGCACAACAAACAUUCAAGAUGCUGAAGAUGUCUUACCAGAACCAGGCAAGGAGCUACAAGUCUUACUAACUCGAAACAUGACAGCAAGUGGUGAGGCAGCCAAGACGUGCAAGCCUGAGAAAGGAACGGAAUGUGUAACUCCCUUCAUGAACACAACAAAGCCUACCACAAACAAUGAGAAGAGUCAACAAGAAUAUGGUGAGGAAGGAGGUGAUACGACUGUACAAAGAACAACGGCAACGCAAACCCCAACGCCUUCUGCUCCUCCCUUCACCUCUAGCCAAGAAGAUGCAUGUCAGACCCGUUUCGUAGCUAAAGUGAAGUUGCCCGCUGCCAGUGACGUGGAGAAGGUCAAUACUCACAUCCAGGAAAGAGGAGAAACCUCUAGUCGGAAAGACGAUUUGGACUAUUUCUUCCUCAGUUUAUGCGAGUUGACCAGAAAACUGACUCGGAGGAAGCAAAACAGGGUGAAGAGGGACCUCCUGGACAUCCUUAUGCAAGCAGAAGAGGAAGAAUUGUAAAGGUCUGGACACAGCCUCUCCAGUACACUACACACACAUCCCAGUACCCUACACAUCCUCCCCAGCCCCUUGCACAGUCUCCCCAGCCCCUUACACAGCCUCCCCAGUGCCAUUCCCAUAUGAAAGUACACAGUAACUUGUACCGUUUUAUAAAUAUACUUAUUUUGGAAGUA